AAGUUAAUUAUUCGAAGAACAAAGCAAAGCUGAAGUCUGCAGAAGAAGACGAGGUCCUGGCCUCGUUUCCUCUGAACUCGGUCGUGGUUUCUCGCAGGUUGCGGAGUCAGGCCCAUUCAAGGGCAACACAACCAAUUCCGUUGUUUCUCAUGCGCUUGUGAGCGGGCGAUUGUCACGCUCCGUGCUCGUGCGCGCACAUCCGAGGGGGGACAUUGUGAUCGAGGUGGAGGAGAAGAAGAAUUUCUGGUGUGUUUGUGAAUUAGGGUUUCGCGGGAUCGCGACGUUUGUCUGGGUUUGAGGGUUUAAGCGGUCGAAGACUAAAACUCGAGGCCGCCGGGAGCGAUGGCGGGCGAGAGGAAGAGGAAAUUGAGCCUGUUCGAUGUGGUGGACGAGGCUGCGAACGGGAGCGAGAAGUCGAAAGGGAAUGGCGGUGGUGGUCCCGUGCUGAACCCUCACACCGGCAGGCCCUACUCUGCCAAGUAUUUCGAGAUUUUGGAGAAACGGCGGACACUGCCCGUUUGGCAACAGAAGGCGGAGUUUUUGAGUAUUUUGGCCAAGAAUCAGACGAUGAUUCUCGUUGGAGAGACUGGGUCCGGAAAGACCACACAGAUUCCACAAUUUGUGGUUGAAGCAGGGUACACGACCAACAGGAAGCAAGUGGCUUGCACUCAGCCAAGGAGGGUGGCAGCUAUGUCCGUGUCCCGACGUGUUGCUGACGAGAUGGACGUGACGAUUGGAGACGAAGUUGGUUACAGCAUCCGUUUCGAGGAUUGCAGCGGUCCGAAGACCACUCUGAAAUAUUUGACCGACGGUAUGCUUUUGCGAGAGGCUAUGACCGAUCCUUUGCUGGAGCGGUACAGAGUGAUCAUCCUUGAUGAAGCCCACGAGAGGACCUUGGCCACAGACGUGCUAUUCGGUCUUCUCAAGGAGGUGUUGAAGAACAGGCCAGAUCUGAAGCUUGUGGUGAUGAGUGCCACAUUGGAGGCGGAAAAGUUUCAGGCGUAUUUCAGUGGGGCCCCGCUUAUGAAGGUCCCUGGCAGGUUGCACCCCGUGGAGAUAUUUUACACCCAAGAGCCUGAGAGAGAUUACUUGGAGGCUGCGAUUCGGACGGUGGUCCAGAUCCACAUUUGUGAACCGCCCGGAGAUAUCCUGGUGUUUCUGACGGGAGAGGAGGAGAUUGAGGACGCGUGCAAGAAGAUAGGUCGGGAGGUGCAGAACUUGGGGGACCAAGUGGGACCAGUGAAGGCGGUUCCACUGUACUCCACGCUGCCGCCUGCCAUGCAGCAGAAGAUCUUCGAUGCAGCGCCGCCACCAGCAAAGGAAGGAGGUCCACCAGGUCGGAAGAUUGUGGUUUCGACGAACAUCGCGGAAACGUCUCUGACCAUAGACGGGAUCGUGUAUGUGAUCGAUCCUGGGUUUGCGAAGCAGAAGGUGUAUAAUCCCAGGAUUCGAGUGGAGUCGCUGUUGGUUUCCCCGAUUUCGAAGGCUAGCGCUCAUCAAAGGGCGGGACGUGCAGGUCGGACGCAGCCAGGAAAGUGCUUCAGGCUGUACACGGAGAAGAGUUUCCAGAACGAUCUGCAACCGCAGACGUACCCUGAGAUCUUGCGGUCGAAUUUGGCGAAUGUGGUGCUGACGCUGAAGAAGUUAGGCAUCGACGACCUGGUGCAUUUUGACUUCAUGGACCCUCCUGCACCGGAGACGCUGAUGAGGGCGCUGGAGUUGCUGAAUUACUUGGCAGCCCUGGACGAUGAUGGGAACCUGACGAAGUUGGGGGAGCUGAUGAGCGAGUUCCCACUGGAUCCGCAGAUGUCGAAGAUGCUGGUAGUGAGCCCGGAGUUCAACUGCUCGAACGAGAUUCUUUCAGUAACUGCAAUGUUAUCAGUUCCCAAUUGCUUCAUGCGGCCAAGGGAUGCUCAAAAAGCAGCUGACGAAGCUAAGGCUCGGUUUUCGCACAUCGACGGAGACCACCUGACGCUUCUGAACGUGUAUCACGCAUUCAAACAGAACGGUGAGGACGCCACCUGGUGUUUUGAAAAUUUCAUCAAUGCGCGAGCGUUGAAGUCUGCCGACAAUGUUCGGACUCAGCUGGUGCGCAUCAUGAAUCGGUACAACCUGAAGAUGUGCAGCACGGACUUCAACAGCCGGGAUUAUUACGUGAACAUUCGGAAAGCUAUGCUGGCGGGGUACUUUAUGCAGGUGGCGCAUUUGGAGCGCACUGGUCACUACCUGACUGUGAAGGACAAUCAGAUGGUCCAUCUACAUCCAUCCAGUUGUUUAGACCACAAACCAGAAUGGGUUCUAUAUAAUGAGUUUGUACUUACAACUCGAAAUUUUAUUCGAAUAGUCACAGAUGUGCGCGGGGAAUGGUUGAUUGACGUUGCUCCGCAUUACUAUGAUUUAAGUAACUUUCCUCAAUGCGAAGGUAGACGUGUGCUCGAGCGACUAUACUUGAAGCGCGAGAGAGAAAAAACGGAGACUAAGAGCGGCAAAAGGUAGUCGGAAAGGUGUAGACUAAGUGCAGGCGUCGGAUCUGGUCUUCUACAUAUUCAUGCUUACGGCUUAGUGAACAGGAGCGGCAAGGUCAGGUUCCAGAUUGCAUUUUUAACGAGGCUCUGGAUCUUGAAGGCAAGGAUGGUGUAAUUCUCCCUUUGCAGAUCGACAAGGAAACAUAUUUAAACACGUGGAGGUGGGCGAAGGAAUGAUUAGUCAUCUCCUCUGGUAGGUGCCAUCAAAGAGGGAUUUCUGCACAAUUGAAUCAAGGGUCCUAGGAUUUGAUUGUCAUAAAAUUACAUUUUUGUUAUGCUGGUAUGCAUUGCUGCUAAUGUUCAACAACGUCAAGAAAUAUAAAACUUUGCGAUUUGGUCCGCGUUGACUUAUGGUUA